UCUCUCUUUCUACUCUGAAACCUCCGUAGUUUCUCUAUAGCCAGCCAUGGCGUCCCUGAACUGCUCAGCCGGCCAGCUAGCUCCCCUUUUCGGCGCCAACACCACAAAUGCGACCGCUGCUGCGGAGUACAUUUGCAGCCAGUUCUCCGCCGUGUCCAACAAGUUCACUGAUACCGCCUACGCCGUGGACUCCACGUACCUCCUCUUCUCUGCCUAUCUCGUUUUCUCUAUGCAGCUCGGCUUCGCCAUGCUCUGCGCUGGCUCAGUCCGAGCCAAGAACACUAUGAAUAUAAUGCUUACCAACGUUCUCGACGCUGCCGCCGGAGGUUUAUUCUACUAUGUCUUUGGCUUCGCCUUUGCCUUCGGCUCGCCCUCCAACGGCUUCAUUGGCAGCCACUUCUUCGGCCUCAAGGAAAUCCCAUCUUCACUGUUUGAUUACAGUUAUUUUCUUUACCAGUGGGCUUUUGCUAUAGCCGCCGCCGGCAUUACAAGCGGCUCUAUAGCCGAGCGAACCCAAUUUGUUGCUUAUUUAAUUUACUCUUCUUUCCUCACUGGAUUUGUAUACCCCGUAGUCUCUCACUGGUUCUGGUCAUCAGAUGGUUGGGCCAGUGCAAACAAAACAGAAAAUCUGCUAUUUGGAUCCGGAGUCAUCGAUUUUGCCGGGUCGGGUGUUGUUCAUAUGGUUGGUGGGAUCGCCGGUUUUUAUGGUGCGUUGAUUGAAGGUCCGAGAAUCGGGCGGUUCGACCACAACGGCGCCGCCGUGGCUUUGCGCGGCCAUAAUGCGUCCCUGGUGGUGUUAGGGACUUUCCUUUUAUGGUUCGGGUGGUACGGCUUCAAUCCCGGAUCCUUCGCCAAGAUUCUUAACCCAUAUACCAGCGGGAAUUACUACGGACAAUGGAGCGCCGUGGGACGCACGGCGGUCACCACCACCUUGUCCGGCUGCACAGCAGCACUGACCACCCUUUUUGGCAAACGAAUUUUAUCUGGUCACUGGAACGUGACGGAUGUUUGUAAUGGACUGUUAGGUGGUUUUGCAGCGAUCACUGCCGGAUGCUCGGUGGUGGAGCCGUGGUCAGCGGUGAUAUGCGGGUUCGUGGCGGCAUUGGUGCUUAUAGGGUGUAACAUAGUGGCGGAGAAGGUAAAAUACGAUGAUCCACUAGAGGCGGCGCAGCUGCAUGGAGGUUGUGGUGCUUGGGGUGUCAUUUUCACUGCAUUAUUUGCGACUGAGAAAUUCGUGAAUGAGGUGUACCCGGGAAGACCAGGUCGGCCAUACGGGUUGUUCAUGGGCGGGGGUUGGAGGCUUUUAGCUGCGAAUAUGGUUCAGAUUGCUGUAGUAAUCGGGUGGGUCAGUGUGACUAUGGGUCCUCUGUUCUUUGUUAUGCACAAACUCAAGCUUCUUCGGAUCUCUCACGACGACGAGUUGGCAGGUAUGGAUCUGACCCGGCAUGGUGGAUUUGCAUACACUGACGAUUCAUUGAAGCAGGGAAUUUAGCUAGAAUAGAAGCAAUUACAAUUUCGAAUUAGGCAUUCAUUGUUUAAUUAAGUUGAUUGAAAAAAAUGUACGUAGAUGAUGUCCCUAAA